AGCGUUCGCCUUGUCGUCGUCCACAAAAAAUGUCGUCACUCACCAGUAGACAGGUUGCUGUUGCUCAGCUUCAAGGAGACUACGCAAUAAAAUCGGAAUCCUACCAACCAAAACUCGACACCUCCCAAUGGCCCUUGUUGCUCAAGAACUACGAUAAUUUGCUUGUUCGUUCAAGCCAUUUCACUCCAAUCCCAUCAGGAAGCAGUCCACUCAAACGUGACAUCAGUUCCUAUGUGAAGUCAGGCGUGAUCAAUCUUGACAAGCCAUCCAAUCCGUCGUCACAUGAGGUGGUUGCAUGGAUUAGGCGCAUAUUACGAGUGGAGAAAACAGGACAUAGUGGUACUCUCGAUCCCAAGGUCACGGGCUGUUUAAUCGUUUGCAUUGACCGAGCAACUCGGUUAGUCAAGUCGCAACAAGGGGCUGGGAAAGAAUAUGUUUGCGUCCUCCGACUACAUUCCAGUCUUCCGAGCCCUACUGCUCUUCCGCGAGCCCUUCAGACUCUGAGCGGUGCAUUGUUUCAACGUCCGCCACUUAUUUCUGCCGUGAAGCGACAACUCCGUAUCCGUACGGUCUACGAAUCAAAGCUUCUAGAGUUCGACGAAAAGCGUAACCUCGCCAUUUUUUGGGUAUCGUGCGAAGCUGGCACAUAUAUUCGUACGUUAUGCGUUCACCUUGGCCUCUUACUUGGAGUCGGCGGCCACAUGCAGGAGUUGCGAAGAGUACGGAGUGGUGCUAUGUCUGAGAACGAUGAUAUUGUAACAAUGCACGACGUUUUGGAUGCGCAAUGGAUGUAUGACAACACACGGGACGAAUCGUAUCUCCGACGUGUCAUCCGGCCUUUGGAAAGCUUAUUGGUGGGCUAUAAACGCAUUGUUGUGAAAGAUAGUGCCGUCAAUGCCGUGUGCUAUGGCGCUAAGCUUAUGAUUCCUGGACUUCUGCGAUACGAUGCCGACAUAGCCGUUAGCGAGGAAGUGGUACUGAUGACAACAAAAGGAGAGGCAAUUGCUCUUGCCAUUGCCCAAAUGUCCACGGUUGAACUUGCCACAUGUGAUCACGGGGUAGUGGCCAAGGUCAAACGUUGCAUUAUGGAACGAGAUACCUAUCCUCGGCGAUGGGGUCUCGGUCCAGUAGCCCUCCAAAAGAAAAAAUUAGUCAAGGAUGGGAAACUCGGUAAACAUGGAGAGAAGAUCGAAGGUGUCACUCCAGCUGAGUGGAGUCGAGACUAUAUGGAUUACAAUAGAGACCCCCCAGUAGCUACCGCGGGGACUGCAGCUCCCGUCGCCCCGGUUAUUACUCCUGCGCUCGCCCCCGCUUCCGAAACAACCAAGGCUGAACCGGAGAAGAAGAGGAAACGGAAAUCGGAAGCUGCAGAAUCCGAAGUUGAUCAAUCAAUGACCAUUGAUGUACCCGCAGGAGUGGACAGUACCGAACCCAGCGAGCACAAGAAACGGAAGAAGGAUAAGAAGGACAGACGGGACGAUGACGACGCCAAGAGAGAGCGAAAGCGCCUGAAGAAGGAGAAAAAGGCGCGAGAGGCUGGAGAUGAUGAGUAAAGGCGGGUGUACGCAUGUUGUCCAACUCAGCCUCCAAGGUUUUUUUCUUGUCUUGUACAAGGGCGGCAACACUGGUCCUGACUGAUCUCGAAAAACCUCGCAGUGCGCAGAAUGCACGACUGACACGUUCCACCGUAGCCUCAAAGACGCCAUACCCAGGCUAUGUACAGCCAUUCUAUUGGGUCCAUGCAUUCACCGGCUCACUGCAUGGGACGUUGCACUUGGCGGGAGCGCGUCUUGGCACAUAUGUUUAUACAGUUUUGCUCACGGCAGUAUCUAUAUAAAUACAGAUUUGCACUCACAGGUUUUUAAUGCGGGAGGUGAGGGACUGAUCAGAGGGCGAUGAGCCACCUCAUAGCAUGAUAAUUAGGGCUGGGUUACCUUUGAUCCGGCUUGACGUAUCAUACAUCACAGUCCCACAUUGGAGCACAGCAGUGUCUAAGAAGCCCAGUCCCACGUGUCUAGUAGUAUACAG